AUGCAAAAUAUUCCCGUUCACGUGUUUGCUGAGAAUAAGGAUGAGGUGGGUUUGGUGCUGUUUGGUACCGACAGCACUAAGAACCGUCUGGCCAAAGACGGCCAGUAUGAGAACAUCACGGUUCACCGUCACCUCAUGAUGCCUGAUUUUGAGCUGCUUGAGGACAUUGAGAGCAAACUGCAACCUGGUGGUCAGCAAGCGGACUGUAUCCUUCCAAUUCAUUGUCAUCAGUUUAUGGGAAUCCAAGUUGUCAGUUGCAAAGUUUUUGCUCCCAGAGAUGAUGAGCAUGCAGCAGUGGUGCUGUCCACUCUGAUCUCCCUCGACAGUCUAAAGAAGGCAGCGAUUGUGCGUUAUGCUUACAAUCAUCGCAGCAACCCUCAAGUGGGCGCCGCUUUUCCCUGCAUAAAGGAGAAAUAUGAAUGUCUGCUGUACGUGCAGCUGCCGUUUAUGGAGGAUCUCCGACAGUUCACUUUCCCAGUGCUGGACAACAACAAGAAGUUCACGCCUUCAGAGUCUCGGCUGUCAGCCGUCGACGCCCUGAUCGACUCCAUGAUGCUGGUGCAAAAGGAUGAUGAUGGAGAGAGCGUGGAUGUCUUCAAAGUCAACCACAUUCCAAACCCACAGUUCCAGAGACUUUUCCAAUGCUUGCAUCACCGCGGUGUGAAUCCUGACGAUCCCCUGCCGCCUGCAGAGCCUAAGAGGCUGAAGAGGGAUCUAGAGCGGCCCCAGGACGUGUCGACCCGCUGCCAGGCCCCUCUGCAGGACGUCAAGACCAAGUUCCCUCUGAAAGUGGUGGAAAAGAAGGAGCAGAAGACAAGCGCAGACGUGUUCGGCAGCAGGGUCACAUAUUUGCACAGCUGGUUUUCUGUUCUCAAGUUUAACCUGGCCGAGAUUACGGAGGGAAACUUUACAUCGGUUGGCAGCGUCAAUCCAGUCAGAGAUUUCUGCAGACAGACCGUUUCUUUCGAUCAGGUAUGCCAGCAGCUGACCUACAGGAUUGAGCAGUUGCUCGGCAACAGGAGCCCCGAGUACUACAUGAAGAGCAUCGCCUGUAUCCAGGCCUUCAGGGAUCAGUCCGUAUCGAGCGUAAACGCAGAGCUGUUCAACAGCUACAUGCAGUCCCUGAAGAGGAGCGUUGCUGACAGGAAUCUUCAGGAGUUCUGGGAUCUGCUCGUCAAGCAUGUGCUUUUGUUUUCAGAUGCUCUGACGCUGAUAAGCAAGGAUGAAGUGGACGGAAGCACCAUUUCUAAACAAGAUGCAAACCAGUUCUUGGUGUUUGAGCAGAAAGAGAAAGUGCAAGCGGCUCCAGCGCAGGACGACACUGGAGAUGUGGACGAUCUGCUGGACAUGAUGUAAAGCGGAUGUCUUCAACACCUGCGUCCAUCCACCUCAUGCAACUCCGUUUCUUGUGUUUAAUUAUGAAACACAC